AUGACAGGUGACGGAUCUAAAGAUUAUCAACAAAAUGUAUUAUUACUAUCAGCAGUCAAAAUACUCUCAGAUUACGGACUCAACAAAACGCUAAAAAAAUUAAGAAAAGAAACAAAUUGCAAUCAUGGCACAGAAUCCACACCUAUUAAAAAAGUAAAGAAGACUAAGGAAGAUUCAGGAGUUCUUCCGGGAUUCGUCAGAUCGGAAGUCUUAGAGGGAACAAUUGAAACACUCAAAACUGACCAUCCUAUAACUCAUACCGGUAUAGAGGACUCUGAUACCUCCGGGGACGAAAAAAAUAAGGAAAUCUCCAGUACACAUGGUGUAAAAUCAGGAGUCCCAUUCAAAAGAAUAAAUGAGGAGAUUUGGCUGAGUAAAAUAGAGAAGGAAGAGCUCAAAAACAAUACAUAUAGAGCAAAGGGCGAUUCAUUUGCCUUAAAGGACGCUGAACAGUUGAGUUUAGUGAAGGGUAAAGACUUUAGGUCACAAAAGUAUAAAAAGAAGCGCUCGUCGUGGAAAGGAUCAGGUGAAAUAACGAACACCGUAAAUUCGGUUAUUUUCAGCGACUCAGAUUCUUAA